CAAGACCAUACAAACUACCGGUAGCAUACAUGUUCUCCAACCGAGUAAUCAACUCUUGUAGCCUACUACUGGUAGAGGUGGUGUCCAUAAUUUCAAAUGAUUACUUCAAGAUAACCCUGGAUACUCAGAAAAGCCUAACAGAAAAAGACUAUCAAAGACAGGCGCCCUUCUGUCUUUUGUACACAUAUAUGAAUUCAACGUUAUGGCGGGAUAGUCAACGUAAACGUUUGUAACAUUAGCAACACGGUAAUAUAGGAACGACCUUUAAUUUGAAGUUGUAAAUUAAUUGAUCAGCCGGUUCAAUACGUUUAAUUGGACAGUUUCAGUUAGUUAGAAGCUAACCGAGCUGAGGAUAUACACGUAUCUCAUCGCGGGAUUUAUUUCAACGGCAAUUCCAGCCAACUGAUUGAGUUGUUCACUACACGUUUCUUUGAAGACAAUGACUGAUAGCAAUGAGAAACUUAAACAAAUGGAGGAGGAAAUGGAUAGAUUCGAGGCUGAGAUUGCUCAUCAGUCAUCAGGUCAGACACCAAAUAAUAUUCCAAUCUCUGGCGGAUUUACUUUCCCUCCUGUUACUAGCUUUAUGCCUCCCCAGUUGCGUGUGCAUCAAAACCCGACCAAUGUCGUGCAGCCAGUUUAUUCGGUCUUACCACUGCCUCCCGGGGUUCCCAUGUUUGUCCCCCUAUCCCAACCUCCUGUGUCUUGCUACCAUAUGAAUGUCGCCCACACGCAGUUACCGCCAUCAAACCCUGUUUUUAUGCCUUCAAAGGCAUCUAAUAUGUCGAUCCCAACGUCAAAAGUGGAAAUGGCUCCCGUUUCAUCAGUUAACAAAGAGACCGUUAGUGAACUUAACCCAACUCAAAAAGUUAUAACUGCUCCACCACAAAUGGCUGGACCAAACGAGUUAGCGGCACGAGCUAAACAAGCUGCUGCGGCGGUCGCAGCUGCCAAAUCUAAAGCUGAAGACGAAGACGAUGAUGUUACUCGAGCAUUGCUAGCUGCGGCAGCGGGAGUUACUUAUACUCGAGUCCAGGGGCCGGAUGGAAAAGAAAAGGUUUUAGCAAGUAUCACUAAACCUCCGCUGACACCAGUUGUUACACAAACGAGUAAAAAAUCAAAGGUAAACGAUCUCAAUACAGAUGCGGAAGCGAACAAAGUAACACAAACAACAGUGCUACCACCAGUACCACCUACAAUUUAUCGUUCUACCAGUACAACUACAAAUGAUCAGGUCUAUAAAAAGAAAAAGUAUAUUCGCACAGCUGCUGGAGCCAUUUGGGAAGACCCGACUUUGGUUGAAUGGGAUCCAAAUGACUUCCGAUUAUUUUGUGGGGAUUUGGGAAAUGAAGUAACAGAUGACACUCUAGCACGAGCGUUUAACCGCUACCCUUCUUUUCAAAAAGCAAAAGUUGUUCGAGACAAACGUACCAGUAAAUCUCGUGGUUAUGGUUUCGUUAGCUUUUCUGAUCCUGGAGAUUUCACUCGCGCCAUGCGAGAAAUGAAUGGUAAAUAUGUUGGUAAUCGUCCAAUCAAACUGAAGAAAAGCGAGUGGCGUAAUCGUCAACUGGAAGUCCAUAGAAAAAAGGAGAAAGAAAAACGAAAACUUGGUUUAAAGAACUGAUUUUUUUUCACCAAAUCUCAUUAAAUUUAUUCUGUGAAUAUUUUCCUACUUUUGAAAUAUAAAGCCUCAAAAUAAUCAUGUCAUUUCCCAAUAUUAUUUCUAUCAUUGUUGCAAAUGAAACCUUGUCCUUUUUAUGCUGAUAGAGUUUACUAGCCCAGACGAGUUUUGUUGAACGUUAUCUUCUGAGGCAUUAGAGAUUAUACGAUUGAAGUAGGUUUCUAGAAAGAACUUUAUAAAGUAAAUUACAUUAUUUAAUCGAAACAUAUAAGUUGUUUCUACCCAUCCAAGAUACUAAUCAAACCGUUUGUAUUGGUGUUUACUGUGGUAGGACCACCUCUUUGAUGACCGGAAUGAUUUUUUUAGCUGCUAAUUGAUUCUAACCUUUACUUUUCUACCAGAAUGAACGUGUGUAGUUUAUCAUCACGGCUAUUAAAAUUAGUGGUAGUAGUAAGUGUUCUAUGCUGCCACACAACUACUAUAACGUUUUAAUGAUUUGCUGAUUUAUUUAUUUUAAAAUAUUGGUACGAAGGGGCACCGAAUACAUAUGCACCACACAAGUCACUUGAUUAGUGUGUGGGCUGCAAUACUGCCCAAACGGAGGCAGGUGGUUUUCUUAGGGGCCACACUCGGAUCCUUCGACCUAAAGGUCUGGUCCAUAAGGCAGUGGAGCAACGCCAGAAGAUGCAGUCCCAUGGUAGUCGGU